AUGACCCAGCAACCCGACGGGGAGCCGUUGGUCUCCUCCCUCUGGACGAGGUCCCUCCUGUCCGGCGCUGUGGCAGGCCUAACAGUUGACUGCUCCCUAUACCCCCUCGACACCAUCAAAACCCGCCUCCAAAAGGCACGCGACACCACCGCACCCCAACCCAAACUCUCCCUCCGCCAAACAGUCCGUGGGAUCUACGCCGGUCUUCCCUCAGUUCUCUUCGGCUCCGCCCCAUCAGCCGCAUCUUUCUUCAUCGUCUACGACGGCGUCAAGCGCCAGCUCCUCCCCCCAACAACCGGCUCCGCGCCCGCCGAACCUCCCUCCCGCGCCCAUGUCUUCUUCACACACUCCAUCGCCUCCUCACUAGGUGAAAUUUCCGCAUGCGCCGUGCGCGUGCCUACAGAAGUCGUCAAACAACGUGCCCAGGCAGGCCUCUUUGGCGGAUCGACCCUGCUCGCACUAAAGGAUAUCCUAGCCUUGCGACAUGCCGCGCCUCCUCCUUCUCCAGCCGCCGGAACAAAUGCCACCGGCGCCGCUACUGCGAUUGUACCCAUGAAGCGAGGAUACGGACAGGUUAUUCGCGAAUUGUAUCGCGGAGCUGGAAUUACCAUUGCGCGCGAGAUCCCUUUCACCGUCCUCCAGUUCACCAUGUGGGAGUCUAUGAAGGAGGGCUAUGCGCAGCGGUAUCUCCGCAAAACAGAGGCUGGAUCUGGUAUUAUUACGCAGGACCAGAUCCCCGCGUCGACGAGUGCUAUGUUUGGCAGUGUUGCUGGUGCCAUUGCGGCUGGAUUGACUACUCCUCUGGAUGUUAUCAAGACUCGGGUUAUGUUAGCUCGUCGUAGUGAUGGUUCGUCCCCGGUUCGCGUUAAGGAGAUUGUGCGGGGAAUCGCGCAGGAGGGCUUCGGUGCUUUCUGGCGUGGUAUUGGGCCACGUGUGGCGUGGAUUGGUAUUGGUGGUGCUGUGUUUUUGGGCAGUUAUCAGUGGGCGUGGAAUACGUUGGAGAAUAAGAAGAAGGCAGAGGACAAGUAA